AGAUAAUUUAACAAAAAAUAUGCGCAGCUUGGUCUUUUUUGCUUUUUUUUGCUCAGCCAUGUUUUGGGUCGAGGCAGCUCCUAGUGGCGUUCUCAGCUUUGGGGAUUCAGGUGGUGAUAACGCAGAUAAUUCAGUUAAUUAUUACUUUGUAACUAAGGAGGGUCCAUUCACGCCUGGUGGAAAUAACGCUAUUGUUAUUUCUGAUGAAGUAGAAGGAACCAAUGUAAUUGGAACUUCAAGUAGAGUUAACAAAUAACUCUUUAAUACUUUUUUCUAUAUAAAUGAAAAAUACGAGGACACAGAGAAUUUAUUUUAAAACUUAAAUUUAGAAGCAAUUACCUCUUCUAUAAU